UAAAUGUACAGCUGUCACGUAAAGUGUUUUAAUGUUUUGAUGUAAAAUGAACUCAGUGUCAUGUGACUACUCAUGCCAUGUGACCUGGAAGCUAAAAUUAUCCAGCAGCAGGUCUGAGGUCAGAUUUCAGCAGAGGAGACGCACCAUGGUGGACGGGUGCUGCACAAGAUUCACUGAUUAUUAAUCAAUAAUCAUGAUGGUGAGAGGCAGGAUCAGGGUCAGAGGUCAUCUCAUCUGUGCACUGUGACAUCAAGUGGGUAACAGGAAGUGAUCAUCAUGGUGGGCGUGGCUGUGUGCAACUCGGUCAGCUCCAUCAAAGCUCUGUGGGAGACCAGGAUCCGGAGAAAGAAGGAGGAGCAGGAGGAGGAACAGGAGCAGAAGAGACGGCGGAAGAUCGGGGGCGGGGCCACAGGCAGGCUCAGUUUUGGCAUUUGGGAGGAUCGGGCAGCUCUGACUCGACUCAGACAGAAGCUGCAGACGGAAGACGGACGACUGAUCCUCCGAAUCGAACAGGAAGAGUGGAAGUCUUUGCCAAGAUGUCUGGUCCAGCUGAGUCAGGUCCAGGAGUGGCAGAUCCACCGGACCGGACUGCAGAAGAUCCCUCCUUUCAUCUCCAGCUUCCAGUACCUUCUGGUUCUUGAUCUGUCCCGCAAUGGGGUCAGCGAAAUCCCCAAACAGAUAGGAAAGCUGACCCGGCUCAGAGAGCUGCUGCUGAGCUACAACAGGAUCCAGUUUGUUCCUGAGGAGCUGAGUUGUUGUGAGAGUUUGGAGAGAUUGGAGCUGGCCAUGAACCAGGACCUGGAUCACCUGCCAGACCAGUUCAGGAACCUGAAGAAGCUGCAGCACCUGGAUCUGUCCAUGAAUGACUUCACCUGCCUGCCAGACUGUGUGGUCGCACUUCCGGCACUGGAGUGGCUCGACAUGGGAGGAAACCGACUUCAGCACUUACCGGAAGACAUACACAGGAUGGAAAAGCUGCACACACUAUGGUUGCAGAGGAACGAGCUCAAGAAUCUCCCAGAAAACAUCAGCAGGAUGGCGAGUCUGGACACACUGGUCCUCAGCAGCAACAGGCUCAGCGACAUCCCCCCUCUGAUGGAGGACAUGUCGAACCUCAGGUUUGUGAAUUUUCGGGACAACCCUCUGACUCUGGAUGUGACGCUGCAGCCCAAGAAGACAAAUGCUGAGGAUGAUAGCGAUGAUGGAGAUGACAGAGAGAUGUUUGGACUGGAGUUCAUGCAGAUGUACAUCCAGGAGGCUAGAAAGAGGGCGUAUGCUGUGCAGAACAUGCACAGAUCAAAUGAAGUCUGAUUGUUCCCAUCUGUACUUCCUGGCAUGUGUGCCUGGGGCUCAGGUUUCACAUUCAGGCCAUUUAUAGAGACAUGAAAAAAGAUUAUUCGGUGUUUUUGAUGAGAGCAAAGACCAGAGGGAUGUCUAAAGAAUCAAAAACUGGCUUUGACCCUCGGUGGGUCUAGACCCGCAGGUUGGGAACCAUAUUACUCCGUUUUUGUCCAUACAGUGACAUUUCUGCUGAAAUAAGAAAGAACGUAGAAUGUUCUGCCUUCUCUUGUAGCCAUGUUGUUACAGUAACACUUAACAUGCACGUUAAUAGUUUUUGCAGAAUCCUGUGUCUAAAUCAUAUUUGGUCAUUGACAAAAGUUCAAGUUGUUUAUUUCUAGUGGAAAUGUCUGAUAACAUGUUUUGUGUUCUGAACGUUUUAGAACUGAGCGACGACUCUUCAGACUGAAGC